AUGACGACCAAGACCAACAUCACUGCGUACAGCGAGGGCACGCCUAACGGACUGAAAGUCCACAUUGCUCUGGAGGAGCUUGGCCUGGAGUACAAGCUUGUGCAGAUUGAUAUGUUCAGGAACGAACAGAAGGAGCCGUGGUUUACCGAGAUUAACCCCAAUGGACGUAUCCCGGCCAUCACCGACAAGACAGCCGACGGCGUGGAGCUCAAGAUCUUCGAGUCGGGAGCUAUCCUGGAGUACCUGGUGGCGACAUACGACAAGGACCACCUGAUCUCCUAUCCUUACGGGACCAAGGAGCACUGGGAGACAAUCAGCUGGUUGAUGUGGCAGAUGGGUGGUCUCGGACCUAUGAUGGGCCAGUCCAAUUUCUUCACUCGUUCCGCGGUGGGAGUCCACCAAUACUCGAUCGACCGUUUCGUCAAUGAGAGCCGCCGCUUGCUUCGAGUUCUGGAUGGCCAUCUUGAGAAGAAAGGGACCGGCUUUUUGGUUGGUGAUCGUCUCACCAUCGCCGACAUCGCCAUCUGGCCGUGGGUUUCUGCCACCAGGUUCUCUGGAUUACGCGCCAUAGAAGAGUUCCCGAACGUCUCCAAGUGGUUCUGGGGGUUGCUGGAGCGUCCAGGCUUCCAGAAGGAGGAGGAGAUGAACAAGCUUUCUGGGGCCACUGUGAAGUGGAUCGCAGAAAGCAUGAAAAGGGAUGCCGAGGCCUGA